UUGCUUUACUGGACAAGGUGGAACUUUUCCAGCUCAACAGCAAACGGACCUUAAACCCGCAGAAACUUCUCGUGAGGCAGGCGGCUCUCGCGUCAUCUUCUGCCUGAAUCCCGACAGAAACCUGUUUGGGUUCGAAGCAAAAUGUCUUUAGCCGAGCAGAGCCAGCAGUGGUAUCCGACCAGCGUUCAGGUGACGGUGCUGCAGGCGAGGGGUCUGCGGAUCAAGGGGAAGAAUGGAACCAACGACGCGUACGCCAUCAUGCGCGUGGCCAAAGAGAAGUUCUCCACGUCGGUGGCGGAGAAGAGCGUCGCGCCGGUGUGGAAAGAGGAGGCCUCCUUCGACCUGCCGCUCUUUCACCCCAAUAACGCGGAGCGGUGCGGCUUACAGGUGAGCGUCAUGCACCGGGCGCUCGUGGGAACGGAUAAAACGCUCGGACUGGCGAUCGUCAACCUGUUGGAGCUUUACGACAAUAAAUCACGUAAUAAGUCAGAAUGGUUCAAACUGAUGGGCAAAACCGGAAAACCGGACAAAGACAGGGGUGAGGUGCUCCUAGACAUCCAGUUCAUGAAGAAUAACAUGACGGCCAGCAUGUUCGACCUCUCCGGCGUGGACAAGUCCCGUUCAAGGCUUGGCAAGCUGAAGGACAAGCUGAAAGGGAAGAAGAAAGACGGUAUGUCGGAUUCUGCCUCCGCCAUCGUGCCUUCGGUUGGCCAGAUUCUGACCGACAGCGAGGGAGAAGAGGAGGCUGACGCCACACCUGACACCAAGAAGAAGAGUAAACUGAAGUCCUUGUUUGCACCGAAGGGUUUGCAUCGCAACAUAUCUCAAUCCAUGUCCACACUACCCACACUUCCUGAAAAAGACUCAGCCAUCAGUUUGAGCAGAUCGUCUGGACUGAACGUCGAAUCUCCUGAAGGCAAGAAGAAGUUUAAGUUAUUCAAGCACAAGCGGACUGACAGCUCUGACAGUAAAGUAUCUCAAGGUGCUGGAUCUCUUCUGGGACAGGGCACGUCACAGAACAACCUAUGCAUCAACGGCAGUCACGUCUACACUGAAGAUCAGGAGACCAGAGGCUCUAGAGCAGGUUCCACGCUCAGUCUGAACAGCUCCGGCCACGGAUCCAUGGAGGAUCUGCGCAGAGGACCCAAUCGAAAGAUCUCCACCCUCUCAGUGGACCUGCAAACUCAAGAGAGCCCGGCAGUGGAGAUGAUCAAAAGACAAGAGGAACAGAGGAAACAAGAGGAGGUGAGGAAACGACUAGAAGAGGAGAGGAGGAGACAAAUCCAAGAGGAAGAGAGAGAAGAAAUGAGGAUGGAGGAGGAGAGAAAGAGGAUAGAGAGAGAAGAGGAGAGCAAACGGAUUGAGAGAGAGGAGGAGAGGAUGAGACUGGAGAAAAUGGAGGAGGAGAGGAGACGGAUUGAAAGAGAAGAGGAGAGGAAGAGGAGAGAAUUGGAAGAUGAGAGGAGACGGACUGAGAGAGAGGAGGAGAUGAUGAGGUUAGGGAAACUGGAAGAGGAGAAGAGAAGGACGGAGAGAGAGGAGGAGAGGAAACAGAUUGAGAGAGAGAUGGAGGAACGUAGAAGAGAGGAGGAAGAGGAGAUGGAAAGGGUAGAGGAAAUGGCCCGAAUAAAGAGAGAACAUGAGGAGGAAAGAAAGGCUGAGGAACGGAUCAGGGCUCAGGAAAGAACGAGGGAGGAGGAAGAGAAGAGGAUCAGAGAGGAGAAAGCCAGGCUUGAGAACGAAAGAAUGAAGAAAGAAGAAGAGACAAGAAGAAUCGAGGCGGAAACAAGACACGCUGAAGAAGAGGAAAGACUGAGGAAGGAGAAAAGGGAAGCGGAAGAAAGAGAGAGAGGAAUUGCCGAUGAAAAAGAAAGAAAGGAGCGGGAAAGGUCACGACUGGAAAAGGAAAAGAUGGAGCUUGAGAGAAAGGAAAAGGAGGAAAAGAUGAAAAUGGAACAAGAGAGAAAGAAGGCUGAGGAGGAGAGGAAGUUGAAAGCAGAAGAAGAGAAAGAUGAAAUGGAGAGAAAGAAGAAAGAACAGAUGAACGCCAUUGAGACGCGGCCUGAAGUGAAACCAAGGAGUGCUAGAAUGAACGCGGGUAAGAAAGAAGAGAAAGCCGACACGAUUGGCUCAGAAUACGUCCCAUCCUCCAAUCACUUUGAAGAGUCUCUAUUAUUGGAUGAGAACUCUGAAUCCCUCAGCCGCUCAUCAAAAGUAUCUGCAGUCAAGCCAAGUUCUUCCUUUUCUGGAACCGUCUUUUCUCAAGCAUCGCCACCAAAAACCAACCCGUUCUUAGAUGAUUCUGAAGCCGAAAGCGGCAACACGGAUAACGUCAGUCUCGGAGACGGCGCAGACAGAUCAGAGACAAGACGACGUGCCCCGAUGCCUCCUGACAACAAGACGCCAAGAGAGAAAGACACCAACACAUGCAGCGAAUCGGAAGACGGUGGAGAACCUGACGUCUUUAGUUUACGCCAAGACAAACGACCGGCACCUACACCGCCAGAUGUCUCCAAGAACAUUGAGGUUCUGUACAAAGAACGUACAUCUUCAAAAGAAGAAACAAACCUUUUUACAUCUGCGGUAAGAACGGCAAAACACAGCAAGGGACCAGCACCAGCAAAGCCCUCGCUAUCUUUACCUGAACCCAAGAACCGAACAAUUCAUCCCCACCAAAAUAUAACCGAACGUGCCUUGUUUCCAGACGAAGCCUCUCUGACGUCAGACUCUUGCUUAGAUCAGCCAAAUAUGUCUCAGUCGGGUCACAACCUUGAGAAUCUUGUAAUAUCCGCAAAGCCUGUCUUAAAACUAGAGUCCAAUGAAAGUGGAAAGGAAGAUACAGAAGGCACCAAAAAGAAGAGUCAUGCCCCGUUGCCUCCUGCCACAACUGGUGACCAGAAAUCAACAAGACAGCUCGACAGACGAGAUCAAGACGGACCAUUGAGGAUUCAUAGUGGCCUUUCACCCGCUUUGAAAUCCCCGUCAACCACCGCUAGUCAAGCUCCUGAGACGGUCCAGUCGCACGCGUCAGGGAACAGGACUUUACUUCGGGCCAGAGUGUCGCCUAUUGAUGCUCAAAGCUUUUCUGGGCAGAGUUAUGAAAAUGAACAAAAGAGAAAAGGCGACGCUGCCUUCAAAUCCAGCAGGCCCCAUGCGGUGAAACCCUUGAGCACCAUUGACAACCAGCAAGAUUUAAAUGAGAACAAAUACAAUAUCACAUCCGCAAAAAUUACCGAGGGCGUGCAAGUCAAGAUUAAGGCACCAGAAGUUAAAAGGGCCGGGCCAUACGCCCAGCUGACCCAUGAGGAGCUGGUCAACUUGUUGGAAAAGCAGAAGGAUCAGCUGUCUCAGAGAGACGCCAAGAUCAUGGAAAUGGAGCAGUAUAUAGACAACCUUCUGGUCCGGGUCAUGGAGGAGCAACCCAGCAUCUUAAUGUCUUUAAACUCGAUGAAGAAGUCUGUUUAAGAGAUCCAUGAGCGGGUUUUGGCAAGGGGAGAUUUUGUAUAUAAUAUUAUUGUAAACGCAAUAAGGGGGUGACAGAAAUAGAGGGUUGAGGUCUGUUCAGAGGUAUUACACUAAAGCCAGUGGCUGAUACUACUUGUGAAGUACUGAGCUGAAGAUCAGGCUGAUGUAUUCCUGAUUCAUGAAGUUUCGUGCUAUACAAAUGGCAAUACUGGGAUGUGGCUUUCCUCAGAUUUAAAUGGACCGAUUCGACUGUUUCCUGCACUGUUGUACUAUGCUGCACUAUGUGUGUUUACUGUCCAAAAUCUGUUGUGGUCAAAAACAGUGACGUAAACAUUAAAGUAAACACAACAGCACUUUCUUAAUGCAAAGUAUUUUAUAUUACAGAGCUAUAUUUUCAUUGUGACCAAACACCGUAUUGUUGUUCAUUUCUUGAACUCUGAUGAAGCACUUUAAAAGGAUUUUUGACCAAAUGUCCUUAAUGAAUCUCUUCAUCUGUAAAUAUGAUUUGAUAAUCAGUCCUACAGUCUUUUUCAUAUAACCCGAUGGCUCUACUAUGCUAUAACUUGGAAAUAAAGAAUGUCACAGGUGUGACUUUGCAAAUAGCAACAUUG